AGCCGCCGUUAGUCGUCAUUCUGCACUUCUCUAUGCCGUGAUAUCUCUAUGGUGAAAUCCCUCUACUAGAUCUUAAAAUGGCGGGGAGAGUAAGCACUGCGGCGGUGUCCUCUCUAGGCUUUUUGUUUUCCGAUCUCUGUGGCUAGAGUCACCCCAAAGAACUUGACCUUCCGACUUUCAAAUGGAAAGCGGCCAUUGGCCGUGAUGGUUAGCGGCGGCGCUCUGGCGCUGAACAUCUCUAUAGUGAGCUUAUGCCUGGUAUUGGAAAUUGAAGCCGUGGUAGCCAAUUCUGUGCAAGGACUGCCGCCUCUUGGAUGGCUCCCCUGAGGACCAAUUUGAGAGAGAGCUAAGUGGAGGGAGAGGGUGAGAGGUGGCUGUGUGAAUGUAUGGAGCACAGCAAGUGCGGAAAGAGGGUGAAAUACCUUUUUUAGAGGCUGUUCAGAGCCAUGGAUCAACACUAUCUGUUGGAUUCCCUGCAGCUGACCACCCCAGGGGGUCAGGGUGCCCCCCAGUACCCCCCAGUAGAGCAGGUUGUCCCUCAAUUUCUGCAGCUGUUUGCAGGGGUGGGCGCCCCACAGGCUGGCAGCAAAGUCAAGGCAGGCAUGGUCAGAGACCUCUUGGUCAUCUUGGAGGCUGUAGACUGCCAAUGGCUGCUGGGGGACUGGCAGAGGAACUCCACCCCUGUUCUUCGAGACUUGGUAGUUGCACUUAGCACCUAUGCAAUGCUGCCCCAGCAUGAACCUGAUGGAGGAGAGCUUUCCUGCAAGGAUUCAUCCAAUGCUGCUGCAGCCAGUCGGGCAGCGGAGGUCAUCCUGGUUUUCCAAAGCAUCUUGACCAAGGUGGAAGCAGCAAAAGGCUUGGAGGAGCUGGGGUUCAAGGCAGUUGGAUCAUGCUUGCAGGCAGUGGCAGGGCCCAUGUAUGUUUUUGCUGUGACUCAUGCUGCAGAGAAGCCGUGGAGCAGACCCAGGACGCGGACCCUGGCCCAGGAGCUGCUGGAAGGUCUGCUUCGGGUUUGUGACUGCCAGAUAGUCCCGGAGUUCCUCAGAGGUGCCACCGAAGAUGAAGAGGGUUGGUUUGCGAUGGUGAUGCAGUGCCUGAAACCAGAGUUGACCAAAGAAACGUGGCAGCGCAGCCCAGCCACAAAACACGUGUUUUCCUGGACACUCCAGCAGGUCACUCGACCCUGGCUGGGCCCUCAUUUGGAGAAAGUUCUGCCACCAUCGCUGCUCCUGUCAGAUGACUACCGAGUAGAAAAUAAAAUCCUGGGCGUGCAGUGCCUGCAUCAUAUCAUUCAUAAUGUGCCAGGAGCUGACCUCUGCCAGUUCAACAGAGCACAAGUUGUGCACCAUGCCCUCUCCAACCAUCUCUACACCAAGGAAGCCCAGCUCAUGCAGGCUGUGUUGCCAUGCUUGCUGGACUUGCUGGUGAUCCUGGAAAGGGCCCCUGGACAGCCGUCCCACAAGCCCCGAUCUGCCAAGCCCUCCGACAAGGUGCUCCAGCUGGUCUUGACCCAUAUGGAACCAGAGCACCAGCUUGCUCUGCGGAGGGUGUAUGCCCAGAAUCUUCCUGCCUUCAUCGAGAGGCUGAGCAUCCAGAUAAGUCGCCAUCUGAAAAGGCUGCUGCGGGUGAUUGUGGGAUACCUGGAGGUCUACGAUGGACCUGAGGAAACAGCCAGAUUGGCCAUGUUGGAAACAUUAAAGAGGACCAUACAGCACGCCUGGCCCAGGAUGACGAGCCGUCUCACUGUGCUCCUCCAGGCUUUGCUGAGGCUUAUGUGGGACGCAGCCACUGACAGGAGCCUGACACCCGAGCCAGUAACUGCAGCAUUGCUGCAGGGAGCCACAGACUGCCUUCUCUUACUGGAUCGGUGUUCCCAUGGCCAGGUGAAGAUUCUCCUGCAAGGAGUCCAGCGCAGCUGUCAAGAUGAUCGUCUUAAGGAAUACCUCAGGAAAGUUGAAGAGGAGCCUGUAGGAAGCUUCAUUCCAACAGAGCCCAAGAGGGACUUUUAGCGAAGGAGCGCAAGACUGGAAUAAGUACCCUCUGGCUUUUAAGAAGCCCACCUGAAAGGCAUUGCUGUGCUAACACAGCCAAAAACUGUUGACUAUCAAAGGCAGCAAAAUAAAAAAAUUAAGGCCAUGCAUGAGGCGGAUAUG